GACCUCAGCAUUACACCACCCCACAUUCUACCCUAACAAUCGCUCCACACAUCACUCUAAUCUCUAAUAAUCAUAAUGAUGACCAGCACGGUAUCCUCUCAAGACAUUGCGGACGCCUCCAGCUCGCGGGCUGCUCAGCGUAAAGCUCGGUUAGCAUGUAUUCAGGAGCAACGCUAUACGUUGAUGCAAUCGUUCAGCUCUGUCAAAGUUGAAUUCUGUGACCUAGAUGGAUUACAAUGGACUGGGUCAGCAUUGCGAAAGCGAACUGUUUCUCGCCCAGACUCAAAUUCUGGCAUAUUGUCCCAAUGUAAAAAUCUGAACCAAAACUCUCCUCGUCGUGCCCGUGCCCAAACUCUUUUCUGUCCAUCAUCUCCGUCCCUAUCAUCUUCGAGCUUGUCGCCGUCCUCGUCAUACUUUCCAUCUCUCGACACCCCGCUUUCCAGUCCCAAAUGUCGAAAACCUGAAGCCUUGACAACACUGAAUAACGUGGACUUUGCCCCCAACUUUGAUGAGAAAACCGUCCGUGCUUGUGUCUCUCCUGUCAAAGCCGCUCUGGACUCGCAGAAACAUACUGCUUCUAAUCGUGAUCUGGACUCUCGUCCACCCGCAAAGCAGAGGCGUAGAUCACGCUCCCCCGUCAAAGGCGCUUUUAUUGGUGAAACCAAAUCCUCGGCGAAGCACGAGUCAAGGUCCGACAUUUUGCCCACUGUGGUUUACGACAGUAAACCUGCGAUGUCUACUCCUCCUCCGCCUGCUUACACCGGUGGUGCACCUAUGGAGCGCCUUGAGAGUAGCUCCAGCCGACGGUCCCUCACGCGCACGUAUACCCAGGCAGAGAUCACAUUCGGCGUCUCUCCAACGGUUGCGACCGAGGUGAUGCGGGGUAGAGAGCGUUCACGAGGAUUUAGGGUUCCUUCCAAACUAGCCUUGGAAGACACUAUGGUGUUCGACGAAAGUGAAGAGGUUAUUGAAAGUGACUUGGUCGGUCUGGGUCCCAUCAGGCUCAGCCCUCCGAAAGCCGACCGCGAGCGUGGACAGCGGCUCCGAGGACUCGCACCUCAACAUCCCUCUUCGUCGGCGAGGCUUUUCCAAAGUAUUGUAGAAGAGGAAGAUCCUUUGGUGACACCUACGCCUGAACGGUUUAGCUCCGUCCUUGAAUAUCCCAUCUCUCCCGAGACGCCCAUUCAACCUCGUUGUUCCUGUGCCGAUCUCACCCUAUUGAAGAGAAAACGUCAAUCGAGCGAGGCACAAAAUGAGAUUGACCAGGAGCCGUGAAGGACGGGUUGUGGAAAAUCCUCGACUCCGUCUGUUGAGCCAUGAUUUUUACUUAGAGACAAACAGACUCGGUUCGUCACAUUCGCAUUAUCCGCAUACAUCCCGUAAUAGACCUCACUCGCAUUCAAGAGGACAUCACAAUAGUAUUUGCACAUAUAUAGCUUGUAAUUACUGUCUUGCUUUCUGUAUCGAAAAUGUAUCAAAAAAUAUAAAAGCAUACCCA